AUGGAGCCAAAAUCCACACAGAGUUCUCGAGCGACACGCUCAUCACUGGCUUGUUUACCAUGUCGCUCGCGCCAUCUCAAAUGUGACGGCAAAAGACCUUGCUGCGAUCGCUGCUCAGAGACAAAGAACCAAUGCACGUAUGCUCAAUCACGGCGCGGUGGCCUAAGUAAAGCGGCAUUGGCGGAGCGCCGGCAGCGUCUGGCAGAGCCUUCCAAAAAUCGCCACGUCAAUCACAAAAAUUCAGCAACAGUUAUUUUUCGACAGUCCCAAGAUGAUCUGGCUCCCAGUCAGCUUGACUUUCCCCAAGAAUACCCUAUUUUCAAUCUUGGCGCCAUCGCCACCGGGGAUUCGUUUUUGCAAGUAAUGGACACGGUCCCUCCGGUCAACAUUGAGACGGACCCACUGGUGGAUUCAUACUACAAGAAAUUCCACAUAUGCCACCCUUUCGUUUUACCCAAACAUCAUCUAGAAACCCUGCAUCAAGACCCGCGGAGGCAGCAAGAAUUUCUACCGCUAAUUGCCGCGAUUCGGCUUGUCGGGAAUAUCUACAAGGAGCGAGAAUUGUCGGAUCCGUUGAAAGAACAUCUCGAAGCGUCCAUCUCACAAGCAGUUGCGUCAGAUCCAAUCAUAGUCCAAUGUCGGCUACUGUACUCCAUGGCCUUGUUUUGGUAUGAGAAAAAGGUUGAUGCAAAAUCGCAGAUGGACAUGGCAAAUAAGCUCGCUAUUGAACUGCAAAUGUUCCACUGCGAAUUUGCAGUUACACAGGGAGCCGACGACCUCGUGCUGAGGGAAUCCUGGAGGCGGACAUGGUGGAUGCUCUAUAUCAUCGAAGCCUACUAUGCCGGGACCCUGGGCACGAUGAACUUCCAGGUCAUAAACAUUGAUGCUACGGUGGAACUGCCCUGUGACGAGGCUGACUAUGAAUCCGGGAACAUACCCGCUUCAAAAACCCUACACGAAUUCGAUUGCCGCGAGUUCGAUCCCAGAGAUAUACAUUUUUCAUCCUUUGGUUAUCUUAUUGGCGCAGUCCAGUGUGCUGCAUCUGCCAUAUCUGCCACACCCACAGUGGUCACUGCUGAAGACUCCACGUACAUCAUGCAAGCCGCUGAUGCUAGCCUUGACGGGUGGCUGCGAUUACUACCCCCUGAUCGCAAACAAGUCAUGAAUGCGGCCGGUGAAGUCGACGAGCUGAUGUUUCAGGCUCAUUUGGUGAUUCACGUAUCAACAAUUGGCCUUCACCGUCCGCUGUCGGCACUCAAGUUCAACGCAAUCGAGAGCGAGUCUAGCUGUGCCCGCGAGCCACCCAUCGACACCCCCAUACCGGACUCUGUGAACAUACACACAAUCCGAGUGAGACGGGCUAUCGAGGCUCAAAUCCAGCUCUUGGCUUUACCGGUUCGCCAAUUUCAUCACACGCCCUUUACCACCUGCAUGGUCAGUGAAGGGACACUGGCGCUGCUUUCAGAUUGCAGAUUCCUCCUCAAGGGUAGAGAGUUGGCCAUCGCAAGAGAUCAAAUCCGGAUGACGAUCGGAUGUCUCAAGACUUUGGGGGAGUUUUGGCCGAGAACAGCAAGGAAUGUUGAAGAGAUACAGAAAAUUGCGCAAUGCGUAUUAGGGCUUGCGUGUGGAGGAAAUAAUUUCAAUUCGCCUGGACUUAGCGAUACCCCUUCCCUGGAAACAUAUUGGGAUUCGAGCACUAGCGACUUUUCAAACAACGAUAUCGAAAUGGGCCAGAUCCUGGCAAAUAUGGAUUUGAGAAAUGUUGAUAUAUGUGGAAUGUGGAUGGGAUAA